UUAAUUGGGAUUCCUAAUAUCUCAUCCCCUCAAGACAUUUUCUGAUUCAUCUUGAACGGGAUCCAGCAUCCGCUCAUCUUAUUUUUUUUUUCUUUUUCAACGAAGAGAAAACCAGUUCGCUAAUUUGAGUUUGGCACUGAAGUUAUAUCACUUCAGGUGGCUCAUGUGCAUAAUUUUUGAAGUCCGUGUCUGCUAGAGUUUUUCCAGAAUCAGUUUUAAGUAUCCAAACACCUACUCAAGGGAAUAAUGCUCUAAACUUUCACGACUUAACAAUCAAAUGGUUUCUGAAACAGUGAAAAUUAGAUCCCUUUCACUCAUGGAUACCGUCAUUCGGAGCCUGCCACCGGCCACGUCUCUUUCUCCCUCAGUCAUCUCAUUUCUCAAUGCCAAGCUCAGCACUCUCAAAGACCUUGAACAGGCUCCUCAUCUUUUGUUGGAACUCCAGAAUCAAUGUAAUGACCUUGACCAAAACCUCUUGGAUCUUAACAAGCAGCUUGAGAACUACCUUUUCGACUAUGCUUCACAUUCUGCACAUAUCAAUGGUCUUCUUGAUGACAUAAAUGUCAAAGUGAAGGAUCUACAGUGUUCCUCUCAUUCUGCAUCUUCUUCAUCUGAUGGAGGCCCGAGUAAGAUUUGGGGGGAGGAGUUACCCGCACUGGCAAAGGAGGUGGCUAGAGUAGAAACCGUGCGAAAGUAUGCAGAGACUGCUUUGAAGCUUGACACAUUGGUUGGUGACCUUGAGGAUGCUGUGUCUUCAACUAUAAACAGAACUUUGAGAAGAUACCCAUCAUCAACAAGUUCAGAAGACAUGCAAGCUGUUGCAAUGACCAGUCUUAAACUAACUGAAGGCACUCUAAGAUUGAUUUCGAAGUCCCAACCUCAAUGGACACAACUUGUAUCAGCUGUUGAUCAUAGGGUUGAUCGAGCUUUAGCCAUGUUAAGGCCUCAGGCAAUUGCAGAUCACCGCUCCCUUCUUGCUUCUCUUGGAUGGCCACCACCUCUAUCCACUUCAAAGUCAUCUGGACUAGAAAUAAAAAAGUCAAUAAAUGUCCAUAAUCCACUUGUCACAAUGCAAGGGGAGCUUAAGCAAAAAUAUUGCGAAAGCUUUCUUACACUGUGCAGUUUACAGGAACUGCAGAUAAAGAGAAAAUCUCGCCAAAUAGAGGGGAUUGAUAGGUAUGUAGCCCUACACCAGCCACUCUGGGCCAUUGAAGAGCUUGUCAGUCCCAUAUCAGUUGCUUGUCAACAACAUUUCUCAAAGUGGAUUGAUCAACCAGAGUUUAUCUUUGCCCUUGUGUAUAAGGUCACUCAAGAUUAUGUUGAUUCUAUGGAUGAAUUAUUGCAGCCACUUGUUGACGAAGCUAUGCUCUCUGGAUAUAGCUGCAGAGAAGAGUGGAUUGCUGCAAUGGUGACCUCCUUAUGCAUGUAUUUGGUGAAAGAAGUAUUCCCAAGGUAUACUAGUUUGUCGGAUGAAGAGGGUGUAACUGGACGUAGAUCGAAUGCUAGAGCAUCUUGGCUAUUUCUCAUCGACCAGAUGAUAGGAUUUGACAAGAAAGUGCAGUCACUUGUUUCACAAUCAGGAAUCUCUCUUUCUUUGCAGGAAGAUGGACUACGAAAGCUUUCUUCACUUUCUGUAUUUGGUGACAGACCUGACUGGCUUGAUCUAUGGGCUGAAAUCGAACUUGAUGACUCACUUGAUAAAUUGAAGCCUGACAUUAUGGAUGAAAGGAAUUGGUCAAAUGAGGUUCAAGAUGCUGCUCUUCUAUUGGGGCAAGGGGACACCAAGUCACCUGCAAUAACCAGUUCAUUUCUUCGCUGUUUGUCAGCUGUCAUUGAUAGAUGCCGGUCACUUCCAACCGUUCCAUUGAGAUCAAGGUUUUUGAAAUUGGUAGGACCACAAAUAAUAAAUAAGUUCUUUGAUUCCGUUGUCCUCCGGUCCCAAGAAGCUGAAGGACUGACAGAUGAUGCCGCUUUGACUAAAGUUGCUAGGUGCAUCAAUGCUUCUCGUUAUUUUGAGGUAGUUCUAAAAGAGUGGUGUGAGAAUGUAUUCUUUUUAGAAAUGAGACUUGACUGCGAAGAUCUAUUGGAAACUCUAGUUGAGAGUUGUACUAACCAUGGGGAAUCCCCUGGAAAUGGAAUUUUUUAUUGGGAAAUAAAGAAGCUGGAGGAGUUCAGAAAGGAAUGGGCUGAGGUUCUGUCAACUGUUGUUUUAAGGGGGUUCGAUGUGUGCUGCCGAGAGUACCUGAAGAACAAGAAACAUUGGCAGGAAAAGGAAGAAGGGCAUAUAGUGUCCCAAUCAUUUGUCACCGCUUUAGAUUAUCUUCAGGGAAAAAUGUCAGUACUUGCUGAUGGACUGAACGGGAUAGAUUUUGUUGGGGUCUGGAGAAGCCUGGCGUCCAGGAUUGACACUUUGGUUUUUAAUGGUGUUCUUUGGAGCAAGGCCAAGUUUUCUGAUGGGGGAGUUGAGAGGCUUGAUAAUGAUAUGGGUGUUUUGUUUGGUGUGUUCAGGCAAUGGUGUUUUAGACCUGAGGGCUUCUUCCCCAAAUUGAGUGAAGGUAUGAAGUUACUGAAAAUGACAAAGAAACAACUCCAGGAUUGUUUAAAAGGAGGGGAAAUUUCACUGAAGGAGAAUGGGAUAAGGCUGUUAACUGUAGCUGAAGCAGAAAAGAUUGCAAGAAACAGAGCAUAGUUUGCAAGGAACAGGAGUGCCAUUGGGUUUUCCCUAAAAUAUGGCUCAUGCACUCCCCGACUCCUAUUUAGUGCCUUGUGCGUUUUGGCAUUUGGCUAUUGUCAUUUUCAUCAGGUAUGAUAAAUUAACCGUUUUAACUUUUCUUAUUCAUUGUUGUUUAUCGAACGAUGGAUACGUAAUCAUGUUCUUGGUAUCUGCUGUUGGCCAAUAACGGCUAUCUUAUUAAAUUAUCUGCAAAGUUUAGCUCUUGGAAAUAAGGUUAUGACUAAGAAUUAGGUAGGUCUCUUUGACGACAUCUUGAACACUUUGGGCUAUUUAAUCUGAUUUUUUUUUCUAGAGGAUGUUAGGAAGAUUGUAUAAGUUCAAAUACCGUAAAUAGCCUAGUCAAUACUCGAAUGUAUUGUUAGGUAGUUACAGAUCAUUGGAGUCUAUUUGAUCAGUCUGUUGAUCAGUUUGUUAGACUCAAUAUACUAUAAAUACUUGUACUGUUUCCCUAAAUCAAUAAGAUUCAUUUCUCCUCUUUCUAGUAUGGUAUCAGAGCUCUAGCUCGUUCCUUCAUGACGAACUCAAGUUCGAAUUCCGUUUCUUUCCAAACUUCCGGAAACAUCACAGUUCCGAUCACAUUCAAUCACCCACUUCCUAUUAAGCUUGAUUCAAAUAACUUUCUCCUAUGGAAACACCAUGUUAGAUUUGUAAUUCGUGCUCAUAAACUUCUCAAAUUUAUUGAGAAACCUGAAAUUCCUGAGAAGUUCAUUGCCGGUGAGGCAGAAGGUACGAAGGUUGAGAACGAUGCCUAUGUUACUUGGGAACAACAAGAUGAGAUGCUAUUUUCAUGGCUCCUAGCAUCUCUUUCUGAAACUCUUCAUACUCGAGUGAUCCACUGUCAACAUUCGUACCAAAUCUGGAACGAAAUCGACAAAUACUUUCAGGAAAAUAUUAUCGCCAGAGCGAGACGACUUAAAUCCAAGCUCUACUCAACCGGGAAAGGUGAUCGAUCAAUCUCAGAAUAUCUCCUCCGGAUUCAGAACAUUGCCGAUAAUCUGAUGACCAUUGGUGAACCUAUAUCCACGAAGGAUCAUAUUAAUGUCAUUCUCGAAGGACUUCCAGAGGAGUAUGAGUCGCUUGUUUCUUCUGUAUCAUCCCGGAGCAUCUUGGAUCCAGUAACUAUUACAGAGCUCGAAUCACUACUUCUAGCGAAGGAAUUACGACAAAAGAAAUUGCGUGAAUCUUCUCAGCAAACACUCUUUUCUGCCAAUAUAGCUCACGCGAAAGCUCCGACUCCUAAUAGUGAAGCUGCUAAUCCAACAAUUUCAGAAACCUCUCCAGCAAAUGUUGCUCAGUUUCAAAAUCAGACCUCUAAUCCUUCCUACAGGGGACAUGGUCGCGAAGGAUUCACCAGAGGACGUGGUGGUCGUUUUGGAGGUCGGAAUUCAAUCAUUUGUCAAGUUUGUGGAAAACCUGGCCACAAUGCCCUCAAUUGCUAUCACAGGUAUAAUCCUGCUUAUGUGGCUCCCAUUCCAAACUAUACCAAUCCCAAUCCUACACCUUCCAACCCUUGGAAUCAACAAUCAUCAUCCUCUAACUACACCAACUACCCUAAUCAAAAUUGAUGAUGCCACUAUACUUAGCACGUGUACAUUGUGUCUCAGUAUUAUUCGUGUGUUAGCAUUCAAAAUUAUGUGACAAAAUAAAAUGUACAAAUUUUGAGUCUAAUUAAAUAUUACCAGAAAAGUUAAAAUGCAAUAAGGUAAUUUUUAUCUACCUUAAUAUGAUAUUUAGAUCCUGCCGGCAUAUUUAUUUUGGCUCAAAGAUUAAUUGUGUGUCACAUUUUAAAGAAAAGAAGCUCGAAAAAUCAUAUACAUUGAAUGUAAAUGAUUAAAGACAAAACUUGACCGGUAUUUAAUACCGAAUCAAGUACUGGGACCAAAGCAUGGUACGCAAUGACCAGUCUUAAACUAACUGAAGGCACUCUAAGAUUGAUUUCGAAGUCCCAACCUCAAUGGACACAACUUGUAUCAGCUGUUGAUCAUAGGGUUGAUCGAGCUUUAGCCAUGUUAAGGCCUCAGGCAAUUGCAGAUCACCGCUCCCUUCUUGCUUCUCUUGGAUGGCCACCACCUCUAUCCACUUCAAAGUCAUCUGGACUAGAAAUAAAAAAGUCAAUAAAUGUCCAUAAUCCACUUGUCACAAUGCAAGGGGAGCUUAAGCAAAAAUAUUGCGAAAGCUUUCUUACACUGCAGUUUACAGGAACUGCAGAUAAAGAGAAAAUCUCGCCAAAUAGAGGGGAUUGAUAGGUAUGUAGCCCUACACCAGCCACUCUGGGCCAUUGAAGAGCUUGUCAGUCCCAUAUCAGUUGCUUGUCAACAACAUUUCUCAAAGUGGAUUGAUCAACCAGAGUUUAUCUUUGCCCUUGUGUAUAAGGUCACUCAAGAUUAUGUUGAUUCUAUGGAUGAAUUAUUGCAGCCACUUGUUGACGAAGCUAUGCUCUCUGGAUAUAGCUGCAGAGAAGAGUGGAUUGCUGCAAUGGUGACCUCCUUAUGCAUGUAUUUGGUGAAAGAAGUAUUCCCAAGGUAUACUAGUUUGUCGGAUGAAGAGGGUGUAACUGGACGUAGAUCGAAUGCUAGAGCAUCUUGGCUAUUUCUCAUCGACCAGAUGAUAGGAUUUGACAAGAAAGUGCAGUCACUUGUUUCACAAUCAGGAAUCUCUCUUUCUUUGCAGGAAGAUGGACUACGAAAGCUUUCUUCACUUUCUGUAUUUGGUGACAGACCUGACUGGCUUGAUCUAUGGGCUGAAAUCGAACUUGAUGACUCACUUGAUAAAUUGAAGCCUGACAUUAUGGAUGAAAGGAAUUGGUCAAAUGAGGUUCAAGAUGCUGCUCUUCUAUUGGGGCAAGGGGACACCAAGUCACCUGCAAUAACCAGUUCAUUUCUUCGCUGUUUGUCAGCUGUCAUUGAUAGAUGCCGGUCACUUCCAACCGUUCCAUUGAGAUCAAGGUUUUUGAAAUUGGUAGGACCACAAAUAAUAAAUAAGUUCUUUGAUU